UGAUUAGUCUUAUGCUGCCCUUCAGUGUAGUGCGGGGGUGUCCUGCCUGUCGUUGAUAGUGUGAGAAAGACUGGCUUGGUUCUUGCUUGUGUCGUAGAUUUGGAUUUGAACCUUUAUUCCAGAUUUAGUCUAAUGAACAUGCUCGUUUUCAAACAUUUACAAUAGAUAUACAUCAGUUCAAAAGUGUACAAGAAAAAUGAACAACAGUGGAUAAUUGUGCUGAGCUUAGGAAAUACUAAAUAAUUUUCCUCACCAAAGUUCAAAACGAGCGCAAAGAUGAACCAGUGAAGUGAUAUAUCUAAAAUUUCCACAUCCAGCACACAUCAAUAACUUUUUACCCAAACGUGUGACAAGAGAGAAAAACAGAGAUAAAGAGGAAACAAAAGGAAAGAAAAGAAAAAAAAGAAAAGAUAUAUACAAACACAAUCUAAAACAACAACACAUAAUAUAAAAGACUAGAACAGAGUGAAAAAAAACAUGGAUGAGAAACUGGCUUCGUACACUGGCGGCCUCCACGUCUUUAAAGGCUACCUGAAGGAGAAAUGGGGGACGCUGAAGGAACAGGGAACUUCAGGAACCAUUCACGAGCUGAAAGAGAAGACUGGGACCAAAGUUUCUGACCUGAAGGAGAAGGCAAUCAAAAAUCUGAAUCACGGAGAAGGAGAUGACUAUUCGCACAUCUACAGGCGAAAGACGCGGGCAGAGAUGGUGCGCAUAUCGGCCGCUGUGAUGGGCAUCGAGUUCUGUUACGCCGCCGAGACCGCCUUCGUUUCGCCGACCCUGCUCAAGAUCGGCGUCAAGCACAGGCACAUGACGCUCAUCUGGUGCCUGAGUCCCUUCAUCGGCUUCUUCCUGACGCCGAUUUUGGGCUCUCUGUCGGAUAACUGCCGGUCGAAGCUGGGACGCAGAAGGCCGUUUAUCAUUCUUCUGUCCAUCGGUAUCAUCCUCGGUCUGAUCCUGGUGCCCAACGGGAAGCUCAUUGGCAUAACUAUGGGGGACGACUGGGCACCGACUCCCGCGCCCACCUCGUCCUCCCUCUCUGAAGAACAGGUUAGCGAACUCAUAGCAGCCACGGAACCCGGAUUUCUUAACGCCUCGACCAUUACCACUGUCGUCAACUCUUUGGAUAACCCUGAGAACAUCACUCUCACGGAUGAAGGCGAACCACCAGCGAAGCCCAGCGGAUACCAGUCUCACCCUUGGGGCAUUUUCUUCACCAUUGUGGGCACGAUGCUCUUGGACUUCGAUGCAGACGCGUGCCAGAGUCCUUCGCGUGCCUACCUCCUCGAUGUCACCGUGCCAGAGGACCAUGCUGUAGGCCUGUCCACCUUCACCAUCAUGGCUGGGCUCGGCGGCGGCCUCGGCUAUGCCAUGGGAGGGAUUAACUGGGACGUGACUUUCAUCGGCUGGGUACUUGGAGGCCACGUGAGAGCUGUGUUCACCCUGGUCACGUUCAUCUUCAUAGCCUGCGUGUUCAGCACCCUCUACUCCUUCAAGGAAAUCCCCCUCGAAGUCCUGCAGAAGUCCUCCAAGGCGGAGCUCCAGAGGGGUAUGUCCACGGAGCAGCAAGUCCUAAGUCCGAGCGGCGCCGAGGAAGGGAAAGGCUAUGGCACCAUGGAUGACAAAGGGCCCUCCCGCCCCAGCUCCCUGCCGCUUCUGCAAAACGGCCACAGCGCAGACCCGGGCGUGGAGGGCCAGCAGGAGUACGCAGGUCCUGAGGGCGAGAGCCAAGGAUACCAGGACAAGCAGGGCGAGGCGGGAUACGACCAGGAGACGUCCUUCAACCAGCAGGAGCCCAGCGCAGUGGUGAAGGAGGGAGAGCAAAUACCUGACGGAGGCGAAGAGGCAGCAGUCCCUGGAGCUACACUAAGGCAGUACCUCCUCUCCAUCGUGUACAUGCCUAAGUCGCUCCGUAUCCUGUGUGUGACGAACCUGUUUUGCUGGAUGUCUCUCGUCUGUUAUUCUCUCUACUUCACUGACUUUGUGGGGGAGGCGGUGUUCGGUGGGGAUCCAGGGGCACCGGACGGGAGCGUGGCGAGAGACCUGUACGAGGAGGGCGUCCGCUUCGGCUGCUGGGGCAUGGCGCUCUACUCCCUCUCCUGCUCGCUCUAUUCCUUCCUCAUCGAGAAGAUGGUCAAGGUGUUCGGGUGAGAAUCGAUCUUAUGUAUGUGUAUGUAUCUGCGUCCAAUUACUGAUCGUUCUGCUCAUCACGGGCUCGUUUUCUCCUGGUCUCGGGUCAUGUAUUCCACGUUGUUCACCAUGCCUUACCUCCUCGUGGCUCACUAUCACGCUUCAGAGACGAUAAAGUGUGAGGACGUUUGGCUGGUAACCAAGGUACGGCAGCUGUGGGCCUGGUGCUGGGGUGGCGCGUUUAAAACGGAAGAAGGCGUUCUCGCAGACGGGCCUGAGCAGCAAGUCCGGGGCCUCGGAACAGACGUAGCCAUCAUAUCUUCCAUGGUUUUCCUCGCGCAGUUUAUUCUCUCUUUGUGCAUGGGCUCCAUCAUCGCCGCCGUCGGGUCCACCACCGCCGUCGUCUGUGCAGCGAGUGUGUUGGCUGCAUGUGGGGCUAUUUCGGCUACACAAGUCAUCUAUCUCGACCUCUAAUCCGUUCUCUGUGAUCCUUGCGAGCUACCAUAGAAAAUUUGAGCACUAACUAUAACAUUUCUUUGUCCCAAAAAAGAAACUGCACUGAAAGUAUGAGGGGAAGAUAGGGAGGAAAAGCAAGAGGAAGAGGGAUUUUCCUUAUAAUAUUUCUAUGACAAAAAACUAUAAAUACAAUUAAAAAUAAAUAAAUAUUUGUUGAAGGAAAGAAGUCACAUAUCAUAGCAAAAUUCUUUUCCUAUUAUGUUAUUAAGUCAAUAGUGAAUAACAAUGAUGAAGAAACAAUAUAGCAUAAAGUCACAUAAUCUGAAAGAUGAUUUAUCUUGUAAGUAGUCAAAGCUAUUUUUAUUUUCUCAUCAAGUAUCAUUUCAAAUUAUCACGAUGUUUAUUUUUAGGAUAGACAUAUAGUUCAAUAAUUGCCACAUUUAUUAUUUUUUUUCGGAUUAACAUAUUCAAAGUUUGUUAAAUGUAUUCCGACCAUGACUUGGGACCCACAAUAAUUGAUAGUAUUUAAUGAUACCAUGCUUAAGCUUAUAAGAUAGUCUUUUGACAGAAGCUUUGAGAGAUUCUAAAUCGAAUUUCAUCUGUGGUGAACUCUCUCAGAGUAUGUAUAUACGCUAUGUCUGUGUUUAUGUUCUUUCGUUACUAAUUUUCCACUGGCAAUACCAAAUGAUAUUUUGAAAAUCAAUAUGAGUGGUAGGGUGUACUCAGAUUUUUGCUGUCGCCCUUUCGAGGGAAAAUGUAUAUCACAGAGAAGGGAAAAAGGAAAACAAGCAAUAUUAACAUUCGGAGCAGAUUUUUCACCGCAUUUAUUGUUUUAGCUUCACUUGAACACCUCAAAGGCCCAUCCAGUUAUAAGAAACUGAAAUAGCUUCAGGAUAAAGAUUUUAGUUUCGCAAAGAAUUAUGUUAAGAUGCUGUUAUUGUUUUUAGUCUCAUAUGUCUAGAAUUUGCCAUCAUUAUCAGUAUCAUAACAAGCAGAGCAUGUGCUAUACAUAUUGAGAAGGGAGAAUGACAAAGGUUUAAUAAUGCCUGUUAAUAGGUAUAUUUUUCCAGUUAGUUUACGUUAGCAGUAGCUACUGUAGAGAUAGAUAGUAUAUGUAGUAUUGAUUGAUAAGUAGGUGUAUGAAUGAACCAGAGAUCUCAGUUGGAACUGGAAUGAGUGAAAGUCAACCGCUUACUAAGGAAAGAUUUAGUGAAGGUUUUAUCGAAAGAGGUAAAACACCAACUUUGAUAGCUUAGAAGGGUAGUUAGUGUAGCCGCUUCAUUGUAUUAUCAUAACGCCUGAAAGCCGGGUGUUCUUCAUCUAGUCAUGGGCAUCAUUUUUAUCACGUAUUCACCAUAUCCAUGGUACUCUUGUGCUAGUAAUAAACGCACUAUGGGAUUUUGAAGUGUAUAGUAUAAGUGCAUGUAA